ACACACAGCCCGGAGGCACGGCACGGGGUACGCAAAAGGAUUCCAGUUCGAACGUUCGAGGAAAGAGUCAUUUUCAUCGGAAACACAUCGGUCUGGUCGUGGAGUCAUGCCCUCGGGGGCAUUUGUUUUGAACGAAACGGGAGAGUGCUCCCCGUUUUGGGCUGUGCGCGUAAAUCGACGGUAGAGGUCGAUUGAACAGAGUGUUGCAAUAGUGGUGAGUGCGAUAACGGCAUCCAAUCGCUUUGCGAUAAGAGAUAUUCGGGGGUUAACUAACGGCGACACAGGUGGGUGCCAUAUCCGGUUUGGGAACAGGAACGUUACGAAACACACGGGUUUUACGAGUAGCAGUAUUUAACCACCGCAACGCACAGUCGCCACACUGCGAGGGAAGUGGAAACCACACGGAGCAUUCCAUUCGCAACACUAGAAAUAGGAUUUCAACAGUGAAAAGCGCCAUUGGUGGUAGCCGUUGGACGGCUCGUUUGCGGAAACGGCAUGGUCAAUGUUAAGUAUGAACGGGUCAAGCAAACAACUGACCAUGAGACGACCCAGGGUGAGGAGAUCGAACUGGGGACGAACCCCGGGGAACCGGUUCAGGAGCAGGAACCGGCGCAUAACCACAGCCUGUACCAUAAAAGCAGCAGCAGCGUCAGUCACCAUGACAGCUACGGGGGCCAACCGAAACAGUACAUCGUAGCAUCGGGAGGUGCUGGCAAUGCGCGCCACCGCAGGUCAUCCAAGCAACAGGACGGUUUCGGUAACCGUAUCACCUUGACACUGCUGCUAAUCGCUUGCUACUUUUCACUCUCGAUCGGCCUUACGUUCUAUCAGCGUAAUUUGCUGCAACACUUUAAGCUACCACUGUUCGUGGUACUGUACCAUUUGGUGAUCAAACUAGUCCUAUCGGUUAUUGUCAGGGGGAUACUGCGCUGCGCGUACAAGCGACCUCGCAUCCUACUCGAUUGGCGUACGUCUGUACGCAAAAUCCUACCCACCGGAUUGGCCAGCGGUAUCGAUAUCAGCUUCUCGAACUGGGGCCUCGAACUUGUUCAGAUCUCUCUAUACACGAUGACCAAAUCGACAACGAUCGUUUUCAUCCUAAUAUUUGCCAUUCUGCUGAAGCUGGAAAAGAAGAGCUGGUCUCUGGGAGCGAUCGUGAUCAUGAUCUCGGUCGGGCUAUUCAUGUUCACCUACAAAUCAACACAAUUCGAUGCACUGGGCUUUUCCUUCCUGCUGUUCGCUUCGCUCUCGAGCGGCAUCCGAUGGACGUUUGCGCAACUUAUCAUGCAAAAGUCAAAGCUCGGGCUACAUAAUCCGAUCGACAUGAUCUUCCACAUGCAACCGUGGAUGAUACUGUCGGUACUGCCAUUCACGAUCGGUUUCGAGGGACAAAAACUGAUCGAAGGGUUCGACCUCGUGCAGCAGCUGCCGCCAGCUGUGGUGCUGGACGUGUGGCUGAAGAUUUCCGUCGGUGCGUUCAUCGCUUUUGCGAUGGAGGUGAGCGAAUUUAUGGUCCUCACCAACACCUCUAGUCUGACGCUUUCGGUGGCGGGCAUUUUCAAGGAAAUUUGCCAACUCGUGCUGGCGGUCGAGCUGAACGACGAGCACCUUAGCACGGUGAACGUGCUCGGGCUGGUCAUGUGUCUCGGUGGCAUCUGUUGCCAUGUUGUGCAUAAGUUCUUCAUAUACCGCGAUGAUAUGGCCUCCAGGCCGAUGGCACCGAUCGAUACGGCUAGCAGUUACAAUGAGGAUCAGGACGAUGACGAGGAUGAGUCACGGAUCCCGGGACGUCCGCUGGGAGCCGUAGUGUCGGGUGCUACCAAAAAUGGUAGCCUUAAGUUUGGCAACGCGGUCGGUAGCGGGGCACGGUUCAAGAGUGGCCCCCAGUAUCGGCCACUGCUGGUGAACGAUAAUCGCGAUGCCGACGACUCCGAUCACCUGGUGGUGAUGGAAAACCGAAACUACCUUUCCGACGAUAGCGACCAGGAUGGCAACAACGAUACGCAGGACGUACUGUUUGACAUACUAAAGCGCCGUGAACGAUAAUCAUUCCCACUCGCAAAAGAACGGGACGAUGCUUCCUGUAGAAGAGAUGCUUUAUAGGUUCCGUAGUAGAAAUGGUUUGUGUUUUUAAUCAAAUCGAAACCACUGUUGAUGUUGUUGUGAACUAUUUACUUAAAAAGGCACGCACAACGCCUCUGAACGGGUGUCGGCAGAAACCCCUGGAAAAAGCCACGGAACGUCGCGCUCUAGCAUUCCCCAGUCAGCCAUCCAGUGAGAACGGUGCCGUGUGAAUUCCAGUGUCUUUUAAUCGAUUUUUAUGUCAGGAAACAAGUAACAUUAAGCCUAUCCCGAGGGAAGUUAAAUGUAUAUAUACUUAAUUUUGAAUACGCGCGCACGCAUUUCCGCUUUUUUGCCAUAUUACAAACAUGUUUGUCCGUUUUGAUUUGUGGGAUCGGAACUGAUAUCGUUACCAUACCCGGCUGAAGAGCGUGUGUUAUUGACACAGUUCUUUCAACCAUCAGUGAAUAGGUUUAUGUAUUAAUGUAUUUUUUCUGAAGUUUUUUUUUAAAUUUCACUGCGUGGAAAGGAAAAACAAUAUUACAUCCAUCACAAUGUUGUGUGAAUUAUUUGCACAAUCUUCUCGUAGUCAACCUUUACUUACUUACCAUUCCUGCUUAUGCGCACUGGUUAAGUUCUAUUCCAUAACUAGAAAAUGUUAGUAAAAUCGUCGUAAAUUAAAUGUGAAGUGAAUGGAAACAUCAAAAUGAAUACACUUGGCGUCACUAACGCGCCAAAAUUAUUUCCGUGGAGCACGUGGAUAGAUUGAAAAGACUAACUUACCGAAAACCUAUGCAUAUUUUGUUUCCUCUCAGGGCCGUGAUUGUUUUAGACUAUCUUUGAAAUGUUUUGAACCACAUUUUUUGGACUCUGUAGCAAAGCAACUAAAUAAAAUAAAACU